AAUUGAAUUGAUUCAUUUUCUAGUGAUUUCUUACUGGGAAUUGGACAGUUCCCUUCAACAGUUUAAAUGGACGCGACGCCCCAGCUCAUUUUCUGCAGGGAACCACAAAGAGCCAGUGUUUGAGUGUACUUUUAAACAGAUGAGAGUAUUUUUUGAUAUUGCGAUUAUGUCUUCUGCCUGCCCGCUUUGUUCGAACGCCUACGCGCAGCUUUCGCAGCACCUCCGGGUUACCCACAAGGUCCUGAACUUGACUGAGAGGAGGCUUAUUCUUUCCUUGGAGUCAGGCCGGGUCCGCUACAGGGAGGGAACCUGCGGGAUCCCGGGAUGCCGAAAGAUGACCUCUCGUCUUGACUGCCAUAUACGUGGUCACACGGAGCUGUCCAAGGAGGCGCAACGCAACGUGAUCCGGGACAGUAAAAUAAAAAGGUCAUCGAAGAGCUCGCCGCCCUCCGCGCCUCCUGCCCAGCGAUCCCGAUGGCCACGUUUUUGGACAUAGAUGAGAGUCAAAAUUUAUUUGACGACUCACAGGAAAGAAGGAGUGACCAGGAGGAGGAGGAGGAGGAGGAAAUGUGCAGCGAGGAGAAAUGCCAGCGUGCCCGGGCCAAAUUCCUUAAAACAAUCGCAGAACUCAACAAGCAGAAUGACACCCUGGCCGCCAUGCUGCAGGAGGUGACGAGGAGAUUCAAGAAGUUGAAAAGGAAGACGUCCUCCAUGCCCUCGUCACAAGUGUGCUCUGCUGCAAAGAAACUGCUUUCGACCCUGGAGGCCGAAGAGGGAGGGGAGCCGGAAGAAGCAGCCGGGGAGCCCUCAGAAGAGGCAGCCGGGGAGCCGAGCGUGCGGCCCGGGGCUUCCACCACCCAGCCAGAGCCUCAGGACGACCUUCCCUAUUUCCCGGAGCACGUCGUCGCCCUAAGUAAGUGUGAAACACUCGCUCUCUCACUCGCUCAUUCCUACUCACUCACAGACUCAAUGAGUAACCGCGUCUCUCUUUCUUCUGCAGAUGAAGUCAUGAACGAGUACAAGUCUCACCAGGAGGGAUCGGACCCCUCUGCCAAGUUAAAAAAUAAUGUGGCCUCAAAAAUAUUCCGUAUAAAGCAUUUUUUGGGCUACAUGGCAGAGGGGAAAUCCAGUCUGGCUAACUUGUUGUUUCUGAAUGACACAGUGAAAAUAAGGCAGUGGAUGGCCAAGCUGAGAUCGUCCAAAAUUACUGAAACCACGAUCCACCACUACUUGAAAAACGUGGCUCAGUUUCUCGAUUAUGUGGCAGAGACCCCACCAGCCACCUCCCGCCUGUCGAAAGCUGUCCUGGUGGGCAUCCGCCGUGAGGUGCGCACCUUGAUCAAAGGCAUGAGGCGGAGAGUUGUCACCCAUGAAUACGCGGUGAAGACAGCAAAGGAGGGAAGUUAAUUCCUAAGGCCAUCCUCGUCCAGUGCCGUGAAAAGGCCAAGCAAGUAAUCCCGGAAAUUUUGGAGAGGCUAAAGACGACUCCUACUAGCAAGGACCAGUGGAUGUUUUAUGGGCACCUAACUGCCUACCUCGCCACUAUCUACGGGCACCGCGGUGGCAUGUUCCAAAACAUGCUGGUGGAAGAGGUGACGGGUGCCCGUAAAACCGACCCGGCUGGAAACUUCCUA